UGUUUCCUUUGGGUUUGGGCUGCAAUUUUCUUUUAACUCUCAGUUCAAACACGCCCUCGUUCCAACAGUUUCACCUUUCCUCACCAACAAGCUACAACUUAUGCCAACAUCUAACAUUACAAAUCUUACAAUUGCUCCACCUGAAAGCUGGAAGUUAUCGAAAUAAACAUUGUAUAGCUCUUCUAACCACGGUCACCGACCGAUCAAGAAAUGGCAGGAGUAUCGUUGAAGUGCGGGGACUGUGGUGCUCUCCUGAAGUCCGUUCAGGAGGCUCAAGAGCACGCCGAGCUGACUUCUCACUCCAAUUUCUCCGAGUCGACGGAGGCUGUGCUCAAUCUCGUUUGCACUAUCUGUAACAAACCUUGCCGAUCCAAAACAGAAAGUGAUCUGCACACAAAGAGAACUGGGCAUACAGAGUUUGUAGAUAAGACUUCUGAGGCAGCAAAACCAAUCAGUCUAGAGGUUCCUAAGGCACCAAUGGAUGAGGAUGAGCCCGUCGACGCCGGCCCUAGUGACCAGUCUGCAGAAAUGGUAGCUCCAGAGGUUGACCAAAAGCUCCUUGAGGAACUAGAAGGAAUGGGUUUCCCAAAAGCACGGGCAACCCGGGCACUUCAUUACUCUGGGAAUGCCAGCAUUGAAGCUGCUGUAAACUGGAUAGUUGAGCAUGAGAAUGACCCAGACAUAGAUGACAUGCCCAUGGUACCUGCUAACAAAAACGUUGAGGAUCCUAAACCUUCUCUUACACCUGAAGAAAUGAAACUUAAAGCACAAGAGCUAAAAGAGCGUGCUCGCAAGAAGAAAGAGGAGGAAGAGAAGAGAAUGGAAAGAGAAAGGGAAAAGGAGAGAAUUCGGAUUGGCAAGGAACUCCUAGAAGCAAAACGAAUUGAAGAAGAAAAUGAAAGAAAGCGCAUACUGGCAUUGCGGAAGGCAGAGAAGGAGGAAGAGAAGAGGGCUAGGGAAAAAAUUCGCCAGAAGUUGGAAGAAGACAAGGCAGAAAGAAGAAGGAAGCUUGGAUUGCCACCAGAAGAUCCUACAACUGUAAAACCUUCUGCACCUGUUGUGGAGGAGAAAAAGAGCUCCUUGCCUAUUAGGCCUGCCACAAAGGUAGAGCAAAUGAGAGAGUGUCUGCGGUCUCUUAAGCAGAAUCACAAGGAUGAUGACGCUAAAGUGAAGAGGGCAUUCCAGACUCUCCUAACUUACAUAGGGAAUGUUGCCAAAAAUCCUAAUGAGGAGAAGUACAGAAAAAUUAGGGUCAACAACCAAACCUUUCAGGAUAGAGUUGGUUCACUGAAAGGGGGCAUUGAGUUUCUGGAGCUAUGCGGCUUUGAGAAAAUUGAAGGGGGCGAGUUCCUUUUCUUAGCUAGGGACAAGGUCGACAUGCAAGUGAUGAAUUCAGCUGGAUCCGAGCUGAACUCUGCAAUUAAUAAUCCAUUUUUCGGUGUUCUUUAAGUUGAAGCAGCUUUCCAUGUACUGUAAAAUGUUCUUUUACCAGAAAGUAAAAGGGAUUUUCAAGAAUUGUGUAAGCACUUUCAUGGCUUUGGUUAGAUUAAAAGAUUAAAAAUACCCAUUUUAUGAAUUCAAACCUCCAUAGAAUCGAGUGCAUCUUGCUAAGUUUAUGCCAACCAUUAUCUUCAA